CCAAGUGGUUUUCUUUAUCAGAGGGGCAACAACCAAGAUUAAAUCCAACUUGAAUGUCAUCAAUUAUUGUCAUAUAGUGAAUAACUAUGAUUUGACAAUUAGAAUAAAUAUAUUUGCUUUAGAGAAUUCUGUCUAAAAUUAGUAAAGGAAUAAAGAAGUCUCAACUAUGGCAUCUCUUUCUGUAGAAGAAGAAAACUAUGUUCGAAUGAGUUUGUUAUUAACUGGAAUUUCUCCUCGUGCAGCAAGAACUUUCUUUGAUAGUGAAUUUGCUCCAGCAUGUUUAGAAGCGACAUUAAAAAAGGAGUAUAACAAAUUGCUUGACUUAAAAAAGAAGCAUAGAAUCAACCAAUCACAGUGGAACCUUCUGUGUCCUAGAUUUCCCGAUGUUCCAGAUUCUAAAACAUUUGACGUAACUUUGAUGAUACUGUUACUGAGGAAUUUGACUCCGAUCACCCUUCCUCUUUGUGGAUUUGACCAUUUACCUUCUGCAAUAGAAACCACACCAGCUGCAGACUUAGCAAGGAUCAAACACUACAGGAAUCACCUGGCUCAUCUGGAUGAUGGCAAACUAGACAAAGGGUUCUUCGAUACUGCAUGGAAUGAUAUUACGUGUGCUGUUGAUAGAUUGGGUGGGCAGCAAAUGAAGCAGGAGUGUGAUCAUCUUAAAACCAAACCUUUAGAUCAAACCAAUCAAGAAAUAAUGAUGGACAUCAAACAUUCCAAUAAUGAAAUCCGGGAACUAAAAGAAUCAUUUAAAAGUUUGAUAAUAUCGCAUGAAUUACUGCAAAAACACCAUGCUGAAGUGAAGAAAUCCCAUGAGAUAUUACAGGAUGACCAUAGGAAAGUAACACAAGAAAUGGAAACAAUAAAAACUUCACAGAAGGAUACUGUACCAUGGAAUAUAAGAGCACAAAAUGAACAAUUACUCAAAACCUGGAAGGACAGUGAUGAUAAGAUGUUUGUUAACACAAGAGCUGCAGAGCAUAUUUUCAAAUGUAUAAAGGAAAACAGUUGUGUAACUAUAACAGCUAGUUCUGGUGUAGGAAAGACAGCGACACUGAGACAUGUUACUUUACAGAUGGCAGAAGAAUAUGAUGUUCUUAUGGUCACAGAGCCAGGUGACAUUCGGAGGUUUUACAAUCCAAAUAAGAACACUUUAUUUGUAGUUGAUGAUCUAUGCGGAAAAUUUUCACUUGACCAGAAUGACAUUAAAUGUUGGGAACCAGUCAUGGAGGAUAUAAAAAAGAAUCCUAAUAAAAAACAAACAAAAAUUCUUGCAGCAUGUCGGUUACAAGUGUACCAAGAUGCAAAGUUUGAUUCUUUAACAGUUUUUAAAUCAUGUGUGUGUAACAUGUUAUCAGAGAACAUUUGCUUAUCAAAAACCGAAAAAAAAAUCGAUAGCUAAGUUGUAUCUCAAUGCAAAAGCCUCUGAGAUAAGUGACUGUUAUGAUAAUUAUGACUGUUUUCCUCUUUUAUGUAAAUUGUACCAUGAUAAUCCUGAACGUAUUAUAACAGAUUUCUUUCAGAAUCCAUUUUCAAUUUACGAAGCAGAGAUUAAUAAUUUUUGGAAGAAAGGGUAUCACACUAAGUACUGUGCUUUGGCUUUAUGUGUCAUGUUUAACAACAAACUAAAGGAAGAAAUGUUGACAGAAGAGUUGAAUGAAGAAACCAGGAUUAUCAUUGAAAAUACAUGUGAGGCAUGUAGAUUAGAUAGGGGAACAUCAAGACUUGUAUUACAGGAUGAACUUGACUCACUCACACAUACUUUCAUAAAGAAAGUAAAAAAUAUAUACAAAAUUUUACAUGAUAAAAUAUUUGACUUUCUUGUUGAGAUCUAUGGACAAAAAAUAAUCUAUUGUUUGAUAAGGAAUGCAGACAGUGGUUUAAUCAAGGAACGAUUUUUAUUAGAAACAAAAAACAACAUGGAUCCGUUUAUUACUAUAAUACCUAUAAAAUAUCAUUAUAUGUACAUACAGAGAAUGAUAGAUGACUGGUCAAAGGGCAAAUUACAAGAUGUAUUUAGUAACAUCAAUAUGAAGAUACCUCAGUUCAGACAGAAAUUGC